AUGCCACUGCGUGCUCCCACACAUAACAUCUGGAUGAUCUCCUCACGUAUACUUUUUAUUCUCGGCAUCAUUUCGCAGGUCGUGUUCUUCGCGGUCAUCUUACGUUCUUCUAGCGGUGACUACGAUGUGUUUUCGGGAACAACGCCCGCAGCGCCGGCAACAGCUCCCGAACAAUCAAUAGCAAAUGGAUUUACGUUGCGACAUUUGCUGCAUCAUGGUGCUGGCCAGCCUGGUCCACGAGCCUUGCGAUUAGAUUUGACGCCGGAUAAGAUAGCGGCCGCCGAAUCGGGUUCCCAGGUUGGCCCUAUUUCCAUCAAGAUUGCGCCCGUGACAGUGGACAGGCCCGCGAUGAGACCCUAUAAUGCACAAAUUCCUAUGUCGCCGAUAUGGAUCGCUGAGGAUAUCCCGGGCCCAGAUGUCGGAGAUAAGGAGACGAUUAUCAAUUUCGCGAACAUGUCUGAGGAUGCGUACAAGACGGGCCGUGAAGAUCCUGGCUGGAUGGAUGUCGACGAACAAUACAACACUUCGAUUCCAUUUGGCUGGGACGAUAGCGGCAUACGUGGUCAUGUGUUUGGUGACGAAACAAAUUCCACAAUCAUUCUGGCUGUGAAAGGCACCACGGUAGCUAUGUUUGAAGGCAACGGGACAUCAGGCCAUGACAAGGAAAACGACAACCUUUUCGGAUCGUGUUGCUGUGCUCAGGGCGGUACAUACCUCUGGAGAAAAGUAUGUGACUGCCAGACGGGUACCUAUACUUGCGACGACCAAUGCGUCAGACACGAGUUGAGGAAGCCGAGCCGAUACUACCAGGCGACUCUCGAACUUUAUGAAGAAGUCACCAAGCUUUACCCUGACGCGAACAUCAUCACGACAGGGCACAGCUUGGGCGGUGUGCUUGCCUCACUGAUUGGCUUGCAACAUGGUGUCCCUGCCAUCACAUUUGAGGCCUAUCCACAAGCGCUUGCUGCAAAACGCCUUGGACUCCCAGCAGCAGGAGAUGUUGCGCCGCUCAGGAAAAACACUGGAGGCUUUCACUUUGGACACACUGCUGAUCCUGUGUACAUGGGCACUUGCAAUGGAGCUUCUAGUUUUUGCUCGAUUGGAGGCUACGCUUUUGAGACGUUGUGCCAUACCGGCAAGCGAUGUGCGUACGACGUGGUCAAAGACUGGGGAUGGAGGCAAAGCACCUCGACGCACAGUCUUCGAUAUGCAAUCGACAAUGUCUACAAAAAGUACGAGGAGGCUGCCAAGUGUGUGGACGAAGAUGUCGGGUGUGUCGAUUGUAUAUUGUGGAAGUAUGAAAACGGUACACACACCAAGCCGACGACCACGUCAACCGCAACAAGCGCAACCUCGACCAGGACACGCACAGAAACCUGCAAGACUCCUGGGUGGUGGGGAUGUCGUGAUGAGAGCACUACAAUGACCACGACAACAACAAGUUCAUCAAGGACAACCUCGAGCACCACCACGUGCCACACACCCGGCUGGUUUGGUUGCAAAGAUCAAACAACUGCAACGACGACUACGUCUUCGACUCUGCCCACGACAACCACCUGCACAAGCAAAGGCUGGUUCGGAAGGUGUCAGGAUGAGACCUCCGUCACCACCACUCCAGCAGCUGCAGGCCACGCAAAUUGGCGCACGCCUCCUGUUGCCACACAAACUGCUCCAUAG